AUGCAAGACCACUUGAAAACUCAUCUUCGAGUGCAAGGCAAUUUGAUGUGUGAUGGUGAAUUUUUUCAUAUCCGAUGUUCGGCCCAUGUACUCAACUUAAUUGUCCAAGAGGGUUUAAAAGUUGAUAGUGAAGCCCUCCAUAAAAUUAGAGAGAGUGUCAAGCAUAAGUUCAGAGAUUGUGUCGAGGAUGUAGGGAUAAAUGUUAGCGGUGGUUUAAGAUUUGAUGUAUCUACUAGAUGGAAUAGCACUUAUUUGAUGCUUGAAAGUGCCUUGCAAUAUAGGAAAGCUUUUGAGUUUUAUAAGGUGGCGGAUAGAAGCUAUAAAUAUUGUCCAUCUGAUGAGGAAUGGGAAAGGGGGGAAAGGAUUUGUGAGUUUUUAGAACCUUUUUAUGAAAUUACCAAUUUGAUUUCUGGUUCAUCUUAUCCAACUGCAAAUCUGUAUUUCAUGCAAGUGUGGAAAGUCCAGUGCAUUUUAGAAAAACAUCAAAAAAGUAUUGAUAAGGUGAUAAAAGAUAUGUCUGAUAAUAUGAAAAUGAAAUUUGACAAAUACUGGAAAAACUAUAGUAUUGUGCUAGCAUUUGGAGCUAUUCUUGAUCCACGCUUGAAGGAUAAUUUUUUGAAGUUUUGCUAUACUACACUUGAUGCCUCAACCUCUGAAGGGAAACUUAAGAAUGUAAUGGAUAAAUUCAAAGGGCUUUAUGAAGAAUAUGUGAGUUAUUCUACCAAUCAAAGUGUUUCUCUUUCUCAACCAUCUAAUGAGUUCAACACAUUGGCUAAGCUAUCUAGAGAGGGGAAUAAAGCUAAAAAAUCAAAGAUUAUAACCUAUUAG